AUGUCAAAAUGGUAUGCAGUUUCAGCUCCAACAAAUGUCCAACACGCAGUCACAUUAGUUAUAACCAAGCCCAUAAACAAGGACCAGCACAAGAACUUGCAUAGAGCUUCUCUGAAGGGGGAUUGGUCUGAAGCAGAAUCCAUACUAAAAAGCAAUAAAGAUGUAGUGAAAGAGGCAAUCUGCAAUGACGGCAGCACAAUACUUCACAUAGCAGUUGGAAAAGGUGAUAAGGGUUUCAUACAAAACUUAAUUUCAUAUAUAAAUGUUGCAGACGUACUUGUAAAGAGAAGUUCCGAUGGAAGCACAGCCCUUCACAUUGCUGCCAUUGUUGGGAACACAUAUGCAGCCGAUCUCUUGGUUAAGAAAAACAAAAACUUGUUGCAAAUUAAAGACCAUAAAAAUCAAGAAGCAUUGCAUAAAGCUUAUGAAUAUCUGCAUCUUGAUACCAUUGAAUAUUUGUCCAAAGCCACUGAAGAUUGGGCUGAUGUUGAAAUAAGCGUUGACCUUCUUGUUAAUGUUAUUUCUGGAAAUCAAUACAAUUUAGCGUCAAAAUUAAUCAAAAAGUUUCCCAACUUGGCUGUGCAAAAUGAUGAAGUACUCAUGGCUAUAGCUAAAAGUUUUCCAAGUGGGCUAGGCUACUGGGAAGCACUUCUCUAUCCAUCUUUGGGGACUAUCUGGAAAACGAUAUUGUCUACAGGGAUCAUGUCGUUAACACAUGUCAAAAUGUCAUUAGUUCCAUUAAGAAUACUUCUUUUCGUCUAUCAGUUGAUAUACUUCCUCAUAUUGAUGAUUUGUUUCCUAUUCCUUGUGCUCUAUUAUGCCUUGUGGAUGGCAACAGUGAUAACACCCUUUAAGCACAUGAAGAAGAAAAAGGAGUGGGAAGAAGCAAAAAGGGUUUUAAGAUUGGUAUGUGAUGAGAUUGACAAGUUAGAGAUUGCUGCUACACGUAAUUCUUUUUACAACAGAACAAUUAUUGUGGCUGAAUGUCAAGGUGCAUAUAAGGUUGUUGAUGAGAUUUUGUUUAGAUCACCUGAAGCAAUUCAGAGUACAGAUGAAAAGGGGCAUGACAUCAUUCAGUUAGCUGUUUUACACCGUUCAGUUAAAAUCUACAACCUUAUUUAUGACGAUGUGGAGCGAAAGAAUCUUUAUAAAAAGUUACUUGAUUCUUCCAAGAAUAAUAUGUUGCACUUGGCCGGGAGGUUGGCACCUUCACAUAAACUGGAUCAAAGAUCAAAUCCCGCAUUACAACUACAAGGAGAACUUCAAUGGUACAUGGAAGUGAAGAAACUUGUGUUUCCUACAUACAUCACACAAGAGAACAAUUCUAAGGAGACACCGGAUACAGUGUUCACAAGGGAACACGAAAACUUGCUGAAUGCAGGAGAAAAUUGGAUGACAUCCACAGCAAAGUCAGGCAACAUCAUUGCAGCACUAAUUACAACAAUCGUAUUUACAGCAGCUAUUACUGUUCCAGGUGGAAGCAAUGCAGAAGGGGUUCCUGUGUUGAAAGAUAGCACUGCCUUCACCAUUUUUCUUAUAGCAGAUGUAAUCUCACUAUGUGGAUCCAGUACUGCGAUACUAGCGUUCACAUCGAUCAUAAUUGCACCUUUUGCUGAAAAAUAUUUUCUAAAUGCUCUUCCAAUCAGAAUACUUCUCGGUCAUUUCUCUUUGUUCCUCUCAACAACUUCAAUGAUGGUAGCCUUCAGCGCAACAACUUACCAUGUCUUUUAUGAUGAAAACCCAUGGAAGAUUGGACCACUAUGUGCACUAGCUGAACUUCCGAUUAUAUAUUUUAUUUCUCAAGAAAUCCCCAUGAUAGUAGUUCUAAUAUGGUCGACCUAUGUAAGCAUCUUUGGGAAGCGAAGGAAAAGUGCUUACAUCAGAUUUCAUCCGGACAAGUUAAGAUUGUAUCUUGCUCUCUGA